CGAGCUUCCCUCCAACGAUAGGGUUAGAACUAUGGUGACUCCAACUGCAGAUUACUGUGACCACGGAACCACGACGUACGCGUUUGUGUUCUUCCACAUUUUACCAGGUGCAAUCCACGAGCAGAGAAGAACGUGACCGGACUAGCCGGGAAAAGCGAGAUAGCCGGUGGCGGGGCGGGAGGUGAAAGAAUCGGGGGCCAAUUACAGUACUGUACUCGAAAUCGCUGUCCGCAACGCCGUGGACCGAAAGGCCUGCGUGGCAUGUCUCGAAGGUGACCUCGUGACCGGCCCGGUGAUCUGCAGCCACCGGCAGCAUUCGUCGUCUCCUCGUGACGUCGAGCUUUGGCCGAGAUGGUGAUCCGGUCAGACGAGCAGAAUCGAGAAAGAAUGGAUUCUGCGGCAUCGUGAAUGCGAGCAUGGGAUCGCUGUCGCUCGAGGGAUUGUCCCGUUUUGGAGUGUCUGAGACCGUGGCGGGGAAUCCACAUUAGGCGGAGGAAUUUCAGCGCAGCGUACUGCAAUUCGUGGGUCUUGAAGUUGUUCGGGAUUGAUCGAACGAGGGAAAUGGGGCGAAUUGGUGCCUUCCCUAGGGGAUGUCUGUGAAUGCGGUCGGUGAUGGAGGCUGAGGAUGGUGGUAGGGUUUUUGUGUCCUGUUCUCGUUCAGUCGAAGGGUUUUUGCGCGUUGGAAUUUAGUGGGUCCAAUUUUGGCGACAACGAAUGGGGUCGCUCUUGUCGAGCUUGGUUUCUGUCAGUGAAAGUGGUACCCUAGACGAGUCUUGGCAGCAUGAGUUUGAGAAUUUGCGGGAACGUGUGCAUUUGUGCGUCGAAAGAAAAUUCUGUCUCGGAUGGUGCUAGUCUUUGAGGUAGGAAGCGAGCAUGGAGCCGACACUACUUGAAGAUUGGCUGCAGGUGGCGAGUUCGAGCUCCACGUCUUUAUCCGCCCCACCGGCUUCCAAGUCUACUCCUGAAUUUGCUGCCAAUGCAGUUGUUCAAGCGUGGGCUGAUAUUCGAACAUGUGUUCAGCAAAAAUCCUUGACAGAUUCUCAGCGUUCAGCUUUGGAUCUUCUCUUCCGGCAUCGGCGGUCUCUCCAUUAUGCCGAUUCUCAAGUCAAGCUCCUCCUUGCUUUGAUGACCCAGGUGAAUUCCAGUGAUGCAGCAUUGCUGGGAAUUGCCCGAAGAUUUUGCAUUUCCGGGGUUUUGGCUUGGAUUCGAAAAUGCUACACAGGAGCUGCCGUAACCCCCAGUGUUUUGAAACAAGCUCCCGAACAGCUCUCUUCUGUAUUCCAAAGCCUGAAGAAAGCUAUGGAUGAUCGUGCCACUGCAGAUGCUUAUGUCUGUGAGGCAAUUCUUCUUUUGGGCACCGUAAGCAGCUUGACAUUUGCACCGCCAGAUUUAAGGAGUGAAUGUUGUGGUCUGAUUGCGGUUGAAUUCGAAGCUCGAAAGACUGCUAUAGUUCGAGGCUCGAUUUCCGAAGCCCUUGCUGGUGCAGGAUAUGCGAUAUCCGUUUGUCAAGAACAACAGCUCAUAACAAUAUUCAGAUCGAUGCUGAAAUUGUGGUCAGAUACGAAAGCCGAGGGCCCUGCAGCUCCAUCUGCAAGAGGCUACGAUGCCUCGCGCGGGUUGGUUUCGGUAUCAGGUCUGUGCGGGGAGAAUCCUCCUCUGAAGGAUGUCGUAAUGAUUUUACACGUUAUGGAUUUUUUGGGGUCUUCUUUUGUCUCCAGACUUCCAUAUCAGUCUCAGAAAACUUCGGGCAUGGAAUUAUUACAUGAUGAGCUACUUAGGUUGCCUUUGACUGAUCAGGGUGUCCAGUGCGCCGGCAUCAUGGCCUGCGUUGGACUCCUCCGAAGUCUUUAUAGAUAUAUUCCAGGGAAAUUAAAAGGGGUCCCAGCCGCCACACUUGAUCCUAAGUUUCCUAUCAUGAUAGGAAACUUAGAGGGCUUCGUGUAUAGUGUGUGUGAUCGAGUGAUAGGUCCCGACGUAAGCAUGUCCACAUUCGGAUCCAGUGCCGUCCAUGGAGGGACUUAUGCUGACGGUGUAUAUCGUCGAACAGAUAAUUUGCUUCUGAUGAGAUGCAUAGCUUUGGCUGUGUCUCGCUGUCGAAGUCUUCGUGCCCACCCGGGUAUCUUACGUUGUCUAGCUUUGUGCAUCUUCGAGGAUGUUCUCCAUCUGGAUUCUGUUUACUCCGCAUCUCUCGAUGAGUUCAUGAGUGGUUCAGAAGUUGGAGUGAAGCAGGAUGUGAAUGGCGGCUCUGAAGAAGGGAGGGUUGCAGACGAUCUGGAUGCUGUUUUGGUGGCUUUUCAAGUACAUACCGAGAGUUUUGUUUUUCAAGAGGUCGGGGCUUUAGCAAGAGCUCUGUGCGAACAAUAUAGCAGCAUCAGAGAGGAUCAACAGCGUCAAAUCGAGCAAUAUGUUUUGGAGUUUGCAAGAAACCUUUACACGAAGCAUCGAGUUUUCGUUGCAACCUCAGGGAAACCAGCAGGCCAGACUGGUCUCUCACAUUAUGCACGGAACAUGGAGAAGUUUUUGGAAGCUGCUUUCUUGACUGUGGUAGUUUUCUACAAAGCUGCUGUAGUCAAGGAUGCAGCGAGUGAGAUGUCUGCAUUGGAGUUAUGCGCUUCGACCCUAGAUUCUUUCUCCUGUAUCGAGUAUUUCCGCCACUUGCAGAUGAAGGAGUACAUUGAAGUGAUCAAAACUGCCGUUAGUCGGGUUUCAGAUUCUGAGGCCGGAUCGGUUGCCUUCGUGAAACACUUUCCGCAUUAUAAUGAGAUCAUUCACCGGCCUGGUCCAUCCCGUUUGAUUCUGAACUACAGCUGGGAUAUGGAUGAAGUACAGUCCUCACGAGUCCUCUUUUACUUCAGGGUGCUGCCCCUGUGCCUCGACACGCUGCCGGAUGCUGUUUUCGCACAGCGAGUUGCACCCGUACUAUUUCUCUACCUUCAGCAUCCAUCGGAGGCGAUGACCAAAGCUUCUCACGCAUUGUUCGGGGCCUUCGUAUCGUCAAAAAUUAGGCCUGAACCGACAGUUGGUCCAAGGAAGUUGGAGAACUUUGAGAACACUUGUUCCGACAUCAAACCUGAUUCAGCGCUGAGGGAACAACUAGUGGUGUACUAUGCCCAGAGGGCUUUGGAGCUGUACCCGGAUUUCACACCGUUCAAAGGGCUUGUUUCAGGAUUUGGAGCUAUCUCUCGUCAUUUUCCUUCGGGCAGUCCGGCAGUUGUGUACUGCUUGUCUCGCCUUGCCGAAAGGACUGGAGAGUUGUACAAAACGGACAAGCAUUUGAAGACCCAAGAUUUUGCACCUCCAACCAAAUCUGGAGUUAACGGAAGUGACCAGUCCAGAAGCUUAUCGGUAGAUGACAUGGGAACAGCUGAAAAACUUCAAGUUCUUCUCCUACACCUUAUUCUUGUUGUUGAUUUACAGGUCUUACCCGAAUUGCUGAAGCUCGUCGCAAGCCUGAUUCUCAACCUACCUCUUCACCAAGGAACUGCCGCAUUGGACGAAGUUUAUGGUGUUGUUGCAAGCUCUGAUGAUUACACGCGGAAACCUGCCGUUGUACCGUGGCUGCAAAGCCUUUCGUUCCACCUUUCGAAAAGCAGGCGCCAAGUUAAGCAAGCUUACGCAUCCAAGUUAUGACAUGCCGAGUUUUGCAUUAGUCUCAUCUGAUACUUCGUAUAAUCAAUGUAUCAAGUUUACUUAACACUGAGUGAAAAUGAUGAGUUCAUACCAUCUUCUGAGGGUGAUUUGCCCGUUACUGCAUGAUUUACAAUGAUAGCUGUAAAAAUCAGCAGAAAACUUAGCAGUAAUGUGUAAUAGAAAACAUGUAAUGGCGAAGUACCAAGAAAUUUCAGCGUUUGGAAAUAUUC